UGUCGGCGGAGCGGGCGGUGGAAGCUUUCCACACCGGGGCCCAGGGGGUCGGCAGGCGGCGCAGGGAGGGGCCGUUCUGGGUCCAGAGGGCAGCGGGAGCAAGAUGAAGCCGACCCUGGCACUGCUGUUGCUGGUGGCGGUGGCCUUGAGCGGCGCUGGAGCUCAGCCGGGCGGUCUACCGCCUGGGAAGAAGCUACGCAUGGCCUACGCCACCGGGCCGUUGCUCAAGUUCCAGAUCUGUAUUUCCUGAGGAUACAGGCGGGUGUUUGAAGAGUACAUGCGGGUUAUUAGCCAGCGGUACCCAGACAUCCGCAUUGAAGGGGAAAACUAUCUCCCCCAACCUAUAUAUAGACAUAUAGCAUCUUUCUUGUCAGUCUUCAAACUAGUGCUAAUAGGCUUCAUUAUUGUUGGCAAGGAUCCUUUUGCUUUAUUUGGCAUGCAAACUCCAAGUGUCUGGCAGUGGGGACAAGAAAAUAAGGUAUAUGCUUGUAUGAUGGUUUUCUUCCUGAGCAACAUGAUUGAGAACCAGUGUAUGUCAACAGGUGCAUUUGAAAUAACAUUAAAUGAUGUCCCUGUGUGGUCUAAGCUGGAGUCUGGGCAUCUUCCUUCCAUGCAGCAACUUGUUCAAAUCCUUGAUAAUGAAAUGAAACUCAAUGUGCAUAUGGAGCAAAUGCCACAUCAUAGAUCAUAGCCCCAUUCAUCAGUACUGAAAACUUCUUACAUUAAGUGAUACUUUCGAAAGGCAACAUGAAUGAAAUAAAUGAAGGUCUGUACUGAAGACAGAAAGCUGUUGGUACAGACUGGAUGGUCUACUUGUCUUCAUGUUGUACCUUCUGAACAUCUUAAUGCAAGAUCCCUUUCAGUACUGGUAUGUGUCCAAGAACUGCACAUUCAAGGAGUGCAAUAACACUGUAUAGUUUUUUUAAAGUAAUUUAGCCAGUUCAGUUUUAGAAAAAAAAAUGCAGGUAUUACUUGAUUGCAAUUUUUUGCAUUUGAUUAGAUCCAGACUAAGUUGCAUUUCAGACCUAUUAAAUUUAAUGUGGAUUA